CCAGCUAUUUUGCGUGACAGUCUUUGCAGUGAGACACAACACGCGUUUCGUGGUCGACAGAAAAUGUCCGAACCAAGCACAGUUCAACAUGUCGAAAAAGGUGUUCCUCCACUCAACCCUACCAGAUUUCGUCGCCUCAGCCGAACUUUCCACAUGCUCUUGUAAUUGCUCGCGUACACUCUGUUGCUUGAUCGACUUUGGGGAGCGUCUUUCGCGGCUUUAUGCAGGUACUGCCAGGAAAAAUCGAAUCAAUGCGGUAAAAACGUGAUGGUCAUCAUUAAUCUAGAGAAACAACUGCAUACGGCGUUGCACCAAGCUUCCUCACUUCUCACGCCGAAGUAGCCUGUACAGCUGAAUUAUUUUGAACGGCCUGUCUCCUAUUGUACAGCUUAUUUCGAGGUUAUUGGCUAAGUCCACUGCCUUUCUUUGACGUUAUGUACCGGACGCUAGUCUUCUGCUAUCGAGCAGUCAACUCCGCCUUCUCAGCUUCAGUACAUCAUCAUCCGGACAAGCUGAAAACCAUUAACAGCUUCAGAUAAAACAAGUUCGAGGAACUAUCACUUGACAGCCCCUCUCAUGCUGGUUGAGCUGCAACGAAGUAUUGCAAGAACCAGUAUGACGACGGGUAUCAUUCAGAAAAGGCGGUCACAGCAAUCGCCACCUGUGUCAUAAGCUUUCCGUGCUCCGUUUUCAGCAAGCCAUCUGUGGAUCUACAGUUUUGCUCUCAAAUAUAUGUUUCCUCUAAAUUGCGUAUGUUGGCUGUGGCUGAUAACUCCGACCGAGGCUGCGGUUUAAUCACAUUAUUGGAUGAGUCGCCGCAGGUAACUGCUGCCCCACUGAUCUGACAUCUCAUCAGGAAGAAGCAUGUAACAGCUGUGCAUCGGGAAGUCAGAGGUCAUCCAUCCAUCACUUGCAAACAGCCUGGAAGUCUGGUCCGUCCGACACCGGCCUGCUGGCAGUCCGUUCGAACUAUUGAAAUACAAAUCCCCAAAGCCGCCUACACGGGGGAGUUUUGCCUCACAGCUGCAGUCGUAUCGAUUGAAUGCGGUGCCCAUCUUGGCUCAUCUUACGGGAGGAGGAGGCAGUAGGCCGGCACUUGGUCAAACGGCACAGCUGACCAAACGAAUAUCACGAUGUCUCACAGGCGAACGCGCGAGGGAUCGAGCUUCUCUGAUGAGCGUAGAAGUGACGACCGCUCAGGGCCCAUUUUUUCCACAGAUCGCCUUUACGAUCUCCUUCAGCUCUCUCGAGAUGCCUCCCACGAAACAGUAAAGAAGACUUACCGUCAGUUUGCACUUCUCUGGCACCCUGACAAAGGCGGCGACGUGCAGAGAUUCCAAGCCCUGACAGCUGCGUGGGAGGUCUUAGGCGAUGAGACACGUCGGAGCGCGUACGACCGAAGUCUUAUCCGAACUGGUUCAACAGACGGCUUAGGUGUGAAUGUAUUCGGAAACUCUUGUUCUGAUGGUGGCGGUACUGUCUUCUCGCGCCAAAGAAGGCGGCAUUCCACCGAGGCCGGAAAUCGUGUACGGGAAUUUCAUAAGAGUAACUACCAUGAGGGACGGAAACAAGAAGAUACUUCCUCUGGAGAUGGCACUCUCCCAUCAAGGGAGGACGUGCUAAGAAGAUCCCGAGGUGAAUGCGCAGCGCCAAGACGAGAGAGUCACAGUUUUCCCUCCGGCGGAAACGCAAACACUUCUGCAGACCCAGAAAGCACAGAGAGGAAAACGGAGCGUCCGACUUGUACGGAACUCGGAGAUGGAAACAGCCACGGACACAAUUCGUGGAAUCAUGGAGGAAGAGACCUGCCUCAGAAUCCAAGAAAGAGCCCAUCGCAAAACGAAAUCGAUGAAAGGUGGAAGAGGCAAUCGAAUCGCAGUUUUGGCUCCGACAAGUCUAAAACAAGUGCAGGAAAAGACGAAGGCACACCAUUUACAGGCAUAUCAGGAGGUUCGGUACGACACCGUCACAGCGGAAACCACGGGCCAGGAAACCAAACAAAUUGUAUUGAAGAGGCUUUGCGCGAAGUUCUUGGCGAGGAGCAAUUCAAAGCGGCAGUCCAAGGAAGCAUGGCUGAAAAAACUAUACCUGAGAGAUGUUCGGCGGGUUGCGCCAAACAGCUUGUGAAUCGCUUGAGCGUCAAACAGCUCAAACAUUUGUUGACUACACUUGGAAUUCCUCAUCUGUCGUGCAUUGAGAAAACCGAUCUUCUCGAAGCCUUCUCUGCAGCUUUUUCCUUCACCUCACCAUCGCCUAACGUCAAUUUCUCCCCCCAAACCUCAGGGCAGAAGGAUGGACUGGAGGAUUACUCGAGCGUGGCGAGUUCGAGUCGCCUCGACUCUAGAAAGGUCUACCCGUCUCAAGCUAAUCCGGAAGAGGGUUCGAAUUACAAGAAACAGACAUACACUCCUGGCUUACCCUUUACAACAGCAUGCUCAUCUUCGUUCUGCCCGUCGAUUUCGUCCAUGGGGUCGUCGAAAUCGGACAGCUUUGAUACACGACGUAGCAGCGGAGGAGAAUGUGAUCGUUCAGUGCCUCUUUUGAGCACGAAGAAGUCAAGGAAAUCCCAUGUUCUGUCCGGGUCGCCUCCAUCCCUUCUAGGCGCCGCAGCGGCAGCCAACUGGGUUCAAGAGCAGAACCGGAUGAAGCUGAAACGGGACGGCUACCCAGGUCUCCUUGCAUCACCGUUCGGGAAAAUAAAUAUGCAAGAUAUGAUGCACUUCCAAGGGGAGGAGUUGCGGAUGAAGAUUUUAGCCAUGGGAGCAGAAAAAACGGGGAAAUCAUGUAUCAUUAAACGGUACUGCGAAGGCCGGUUUGUUGUAAGGAAUGCCAGUACAAUCGGCAUCGAUUAUGGCGUAAAACUCGUCGAAGUGGAAGGGGCACAAGCGCGCGUGAAUUUCUUCGAUUUCUCUGGACGGAAGGAGUUUUCGGAGAUUCGCCAGUCUUUUUACGAUCAUACCGAUGGCGUUCUUCUUGUCGUCGAUGUCACCCGUCGCGAGACCUUUGACGAGUUGCCUGCGUGGAUCAACGAAGCAAAAGCACAGGGACUGAACAUCGGCGCAGAAAAAGAAAAACGGAGGGAGAUAGGGGAGACUGUCGAUGGUCUUCUACUCGAGGACGACGCCGAUAACUACGAGCUUUCCUCCGUUCCAGUUGUUCUGCUCGCAAACAAAGACGACAUGUCGGGCCGCUGCGUGUCGGAAGCCGAGAUCUCUGCCUUCGCCGAAUCCCAUGGCAUGCGGUUCUUCGAGACUUCUGCAAACACCAACCACAACAUAAGUAAGGCCCUUGAAACGCUCUUCUCUAUCGUUGCCCGAAGAGUACUAAAAGCGAGGAAGACGAUCCUUUCUCAGGUUUUUGGAAAUGAUUUGUUGAAAGCGCAGCCAUCGCUACGACCCACAGGCACGCGACAGGACUGACAGUUGAACCGAAUGCGACAGCGACUCCUUUUGUUGACUACUUAAAACGUGUUUCUCGAGGAGGUCUCGACUCGCGUGUAUGAUCUUGAACUGAAGUGCACCCGCUCUUCUCUUCUGCUUCAACUCCAUCCUUCUUCAAAUAUGCUGAAUCGGUCUUCGCAGUUACCACCAGGGGAAAACACAGAGCGCCGUUCAGAUCUGCGGAUACUGUCAUGUGACCCCCCG